UAUAACGGCCUUCGAUUUCUAUUCUAUAAGGGAAUUUUGAACUCUGGGGAUUCUGUAAGCAGCCUCCUAAUUACGAAAUUUUAAAAUCACUCGUUACCAUUUACUAUACAUACCUAUUAUUAUUAUUAUUAUAUAUUACCUCUUUACAUAUUUAUAACCCACCACCGUCAAUUUGUAUCCUUUAUUUGGUUCUUUUUUCUUAAACUACUUCCCAACCCGUUCCCUCCGAAGCACAUAAUACAUUGCUAUCAUGGCCGCAGAUGACAGCUCCACGAAGCAGGCUUCCGGUCGACCGCAGUUGUCUUCUAUGAGGACUAGUUCUUAUCUCAAAGAGCAUCAGCAGUACCGUCCCCCUAAACAUCCCGAUAACCAUUUCGGCAUAGACACAGUUGUCGAAGACUUGCAAAGCUCUAGGAUAUCUCCUCCCAAAAACUUCAGCCCCUUCAAUGGUGUUCCUUCUAAGGACGAUCCGCCGCGCAUACUUGAAGGCGCUAGUCACGACUUCACCCAUCCAAACUGCGCUCCCACCCGGGGCACCAGGUCGCACAAGCUGGUUGCUACUUUGAUCUACAAGUCCGCGGCGGCCCGUCUUCCCCGUGUCAGCCCCUCCCCGAGACUCACUUCAUCUAACUCCGAUAUUCCCGCGAAUCUCGCCCCGACAACUAGUAUCGAAUCCUUUCCUCUCGAACCACCUGCUGCUGCCGAGCCCGAGCCUCUUGACCACCUCUAUGGCUCAUACAUCUCCCCACUAUGUGUCACUUCUUUUCUCCAUCUCAUGUCGACCUUCCCUCUCCCACGAACUGUUGACGAAUCCACUUCCUCUCAUCGUUGCCUCGAUGACCCGGAGCACCCUCUCGUCGUCGAGUUGACCUUGUCCCCGGCGCCGUUCCCGAACUAUCUGUCGUUGGCGGAUUUGCGGAAGCACGAGCUUAUUUACCGCUUCGAGCGGGAAUGGAAUGUCGACGUCGUAUUGCAGCACGACACGCUGUGGCGACGUUAUCCACGCCUAGUCGUUUUCGAUAUGGACAGCACUCUAAUCACGCAAGAGGUCAUUGACUUACUGGCUGCAACUAUCACCGAUCCGCCAGAUUUGGCUGCUAAGGUUGCAGAUAUCACGCACCGGGCCAUGCUGGGGGAGUUAGAAUUCGAUGCAGCCUUCCGAGAACGAGUCGCUCUACUGAAGGGACUUCCAGCAACAAUCUUCGAACAAUUGCGGCCGGAAUUGAAUGUUACAAAAGGAGUUACAGAAUUGCUGAGAGCUUUUAAGAAGCUGGGCGUCAAAACAGCGGUGUUGUCGGGGGGCUUUUUACCUCUGACAGGUUGGUUGGCUGGUGAACUAGGAAUUGAUCAUGCCUACGCAAAUGAAGUUAUAAUUGAUGAUUCUGGACGUCUAACCGGCGAAGUUAAGGGUCGUAUUGUAGGGAGGGAACGGAAACAAGAAUUGCUUCUUGAGAUUGCCAAGAAGGAAGGGGUUGCGCUUGAGCAAGUUGUGGCGGUUGGCGAUGGGGCUAACGAUUUAUUGAUGCUCGAGACAGCGGGCUUGGGGGUGGCGUGGAACGCAAAACCGAGGGUGCAGCUGGAGGCUAAUGCCCGACUGAAUGGUGAAAAUUUGGUUGACUUGCUGUAUCUAUUUGGACUUACUAGCGAGGAGGUCGAUUUGCUGACGGCGUGAGCGGUACUAAGGUAGGUACGUCUGACCUAUGCUGCUGAUGCUGCUGCUUCAUACACGCACAUAUACUCGCAUAGCUCUGUUCUAUUUUGAUGGUACAUCCGGAUCACUGCAGAGCGAGCCAGGGAAUCAUGACGUCUAGUACUUUGGCUAUAACGGGGCUAUGAGACAAUUUUUUCCAAUGUGUUCUACUGUGCUUGAACCGCAGUAGGCUUCGCUUUGUAAUAACGAUGCUGAUUUAUUCGUAUC